UGAAUUCUCAGUCAACCAAACAGACCCUUUAGGGACACCAUUACCAAAUAAUCCCGUUUUGUUCUCGGUCCUCUCUCCUUCGUUAUUCCCUCUGCAGUCCAAGAUUCUGACAAAUUCACUAGUUUCCUCUCAUGUCCUGUUUCUCAAUCAACAUCAUUUCUUGUUCCAAGAAAGACACCGGGAUAAUCAGAUAGCUACAGACAGUCGAAGAAGUCCCGCAAGAAAUUCAAGGAGGAGCAACAACUGAACCUUCUUUUAGGGUUUUAUUUGCACUUUCGCAAUCCGUCAGUUCUUUUGCGUGUCUCGAAUUUCUGCGCACUUGGCGUUGCUUCAUGAUUCUAAUUCUGGCUUAGAAUCAUGCUGUGGCUUCCUCAAUUCCAUUGGAGUAAUCUGAAUUUCUCGUGAAAUAUUUCUUUCUUAUUUCAAAUCCAAUGGCUCGGAAGGGUAAUCAAGCGAAAAAUGGACUUGAUCGCCAUACAUCGAAAAACAAAAAAAGAGGUUUAGAUUCAGGUUGUGCGGUGCUGGAUAUGCAAGGACGAGAGCAAGCUGGUGAAGGGAAAAUUUUUCAUGGAGAGGAACUUCCAAAUGACUACCAGACAGGUAUGCCUUGUAGGGAGAGUGGCAGUGGAACCUGCUGUACAGGAGAUGAAAAUAAAAGUAAACGAAGUUCCUGGAAAUCUCAAAGAAAAGAGAAGCAAGAUGCAAUGCAGGGUGUUGAGCAGCCAUUGCCUUCUGGUUACAGCAGCACUUUGAGCGAAAAUCCUGGUGUCCAAGAAGAAAAUGGAGAUCCACCACUUAGUGGUCAUAGACAUACAAAAGGUGGAUUGGGUUUCCGGCUCAGUGGACAAGCCAAAAUGAUGUUGGAGAAUGUGGAUUUUUCAGACAAUAUUGUGGUUAGAAACUUGAGGGAAUUUGCUUUCUCCAUCUCCAAGUCAGCUGGUGAAUGGCUAGAGAGGCAGGGACCGUUGAUUGCUACUUUAAAAACGAACAUGAAUAGUGUUCAUGAUUAUGCUAGACUGAAAAUUCAGCAAGCAUAUCCUGUCUUGUUGAAAUGGCUCAUGAAUUUUGGGAAUAUAAUGCUUCUUUUAUCUGUGGUUUGGCUGGACUGUACCCUUAGAGGCAUUGAUUCAGUUCUACGCAUGGGGACAACAUCCUUUUUCUCUGUUCUUUGGUGCAGCAUUCUCUCAGUAAUUGCUAUGGUCGGGUGGUUCAAGUUUCUUAUUGUCUUGGCCAUAUAUGCUUUCGUCGGACUGUUUGUUGGUCUCACCCUUGGAAUUUUAAUAGUUGCUAUUUCUGGAACUGUUUUCCUGUGGUUCUAUGGAAGCUUUUGGACAACGUCACUUGUCAUAUUCCUUGGAGGUUUGGCGUUUAUGUCGAGCCAUGAACGCUUGGCAUUGUUGAUUGCCAUCGUGUACUCUGUGUAUAGUGCUUGGACAUAUGUUGGAUGGCUUGGUUUGCUUCUGGGUUUGAGUUUGUCUUUCAUCUCAAGUGACAUUCUGAUUUACAUCCUGAGCAAAAACUUAAACCAGCAGAGAAGAACCAAUGGCCACGAUGAACAAACUGACGGCAUGCAAGGUCAACCGCGCUUCUUUAACAGUGAGUCAGUGCAUCCUUCAUCCUUUGAAACUAGCCCAGGGUUAUCAGCAGAUCGUGGGCCUGGUGUUCCGUCAACCAGUGGAGUUGAUUCUGAAUUAACUUCUGAGGAGGAAGUUGUCCGAUUGUUGAACUGUACUGAUCACUAUUCAGUGUUGGGCCUUCCCCGGUAUGGAAAUGUGGAUGUUCCUUUACUCAAGCGGGAAUAUAGGAAAAAGGCAAUGCUGGUCCAUCCUGAUAAAAAUAUGGGUAACGAGAAGGCUGCAGAAGCUUUUAAGAAACUUCAAAAUGCAUAUGAGGUUUUACUUGAUUCCUUGAAACGAAAAACAUAUGAUGAUGAAUUGAGGAGUGAAGAGCUGCUAAACUAUUUUCGCAAGUUUCAAAGUACUUCUCAUCAGAAUGGACGACGUGGUUUCUUUGCCUCUGGGUUUACUCGCUCGGAGGCUGAUGGUGAGGACCCACUUGGAGAGUCGAGAAGAAUAGCAUGCAAGAGGUGCAGCAACUUCCAUCUCUGGAUACAAACUAGAAAAUCGAAAUCACGAGCAAGAUGGUGCCAGGACUGCAAUGAUUUUCACCAAGCAAAAGAUGGAGAUGGAUGGGUUGAGCAAUCGUCACAACCCUUCUUAUUCGGAUUAUUGCAGAAGGUUGAUGCUCCAAUAGCGUAUGUUUGUGCUGACAGCAAGAUAUACGAUGCCACAGAAUGGUAUAUUUGUCAGGGAAUGAGAUGUCUGGCCAACUCUCACAAACCAAGUUUUCAUGUAAAUACUAGUGUUACCUCCAAGCAUAAUUCCAGCAAGGGAUCGAGUUCAGGACAAAGAUGGGCGCCAAAACCUAAUGUGGAAGAGACCAUGACAGAGGAAGAAUUCUUCGAGUGGUUCCAAAAUGCGGUGCAAACAGGAAUGUUUGACUCAUUUAAUGACAGCACAUCUACUGAGAGCCCAUCUCCGAGGGCUGGAAAUGGUCCCAAGAGCAGCGGCAACAAGAGGAAGAAAAAGGGGAAGAAGCAAUGGUGAAGCCAGCAAGGUUUUUCCAGCUUCUUCUCAUUGAAGAACCUCCAUAUGAGGCCUACUUCCUUUUCUAGAAAUAAAGUUCUGAGGAAAGUUUGACUCAAUUAAACUCUAUACAGGCAAAAUUGCAGGUCCUUUUUGGCCUGCAUCAUACAGGGUUUGUAUAGUGUUCAAUUUUCCUUGCUGGAAAUUUCUGGAAAGUUCGGACUGGGAAGCAUCAUAGGUGUUGCGGUUGUCUUCGCGGGUUCUGGUGAUAAAUGUUGGCAUAUAUACUUGAAGCUUCUUCUCUUCUAUCACAGAGGAUUUUUUAUCAUAAUUUUCAGAUAAAUGACAGAGGAGGGAAGCUUCAAAAUUUUCACAAGUAAUAAUAUUAAACCUGCUUACCAGUAAA